AUUUGCAAGCUGGAUCAGGAAUAAUUACACUUCCAUUUGCUAGACGCUAGAUAAACUAGCUUCCUGGCUCCUGUGAAUGCUGCAGGAGACAGCCACGGAGACAGUUAAUCAGCCCAGUGCUAGCCAGGAACUGUGAUUGGGGUGGCUAGCGGCAUUAGCCCCGCAAGUUGGCUAGCUGGCGAGCCAUAUUAUGUUCUUAAUCGCAGGUGUGCUUAACACGCUAGCGUUAGCUAAUUAGCAUGCUAUGUGGCUAAUGGCACAAUCAACGGCUGAAAAAUGAAUAGAAAGUUAGGCGAACUUUUGCAGGCUGGAUCAAAACAAUCACGCUUUUAAGUUGCUAGUUGCCAGUCAAAACUGCCUUCCAAGCACCGCCACUGCGCUUCGAUGCGGAAAUUAAUUAUUUUUUAGCGUUGCGGUAGGCUACCUCUUAAGACCCUCACCUGGUCACUUCCUGCUCUCUCGGUUUACGUAAGAAGCGCUGAGCAUAACCUUGCUAUUGUAUCAUGUCUUGCAUUGCUACCCUGUAAAGUGUCUUUGUGACAGUUCUUUGUAAAAAGCUCUAUACAAACAAAAUUGAAUUGAAUAUAUAAAGUAAAAUCCUUCGCAUACGGUACAUCAUAGAUAUCUAUUACUGUGAACUCAGUCCGACGUGUAGCCUGCGGUUACUUGGAAGGAAAUAGAUGCGUGUCCUAAACCGAAUGCUGUAUUUGGAAAUGCACAGAAAAUGUCUCGUGCGGACAUGUUUUUUCCUCCUGAACUUGACCAGUGACAUUGGUAAGAUAUUGCGAAGAUUCGAGGGAAAACGUGUGCAAUAAACAACAAAAAAAAAGGGCUUGUAAUUUUUUUUGCGCGUUAUAACACAUUUGUAUAAUGCAUUUCUCCACACAGCAGUAACCAGACUGUGAAAUAUUCUGUAUUUCGUACUGAAAAGGAUAAUAAUAAUAAAAGGUAUAAGUAGCAGUUUGCGAGUGACUGCAGUGCAGGUACAGUUCCCAUUCUCUUUGUACUCUGGGUUGACUCCAUCACCAGACCUACUGUCAGAAACAGGUACGACCAGACAGAUCACUUCUUUCUCUCUACAAUCCCUGAUCUGCUCAGCCUGGCAUCAGUCCAGCACCACACCUCCUGCGGCUGUGGGCAGAACCAGGAAGUCACUCCCACUCUCUCUUUCGUGCCCUCAGUUUCAGAAAAACGAUACUUAACUCUGUCACUGUGAGCAGUACAAUAGCAGAGGCCAGUAUCUAGGUGGAUUUGCUCAGAACCAAGUAUCUCCUGCUCUUUCUCACACGGAUUCAGAUAAACUAUUCUACAUUCUGAACUAAAACUGAUCUUCGUUAGUUGAGCAGUAAAAUGGCACAGGCUGCAGGCAAUCUGGAUGAGGACCAUUUGAGCUGUUCGAUCUGUCUUGAUCUGCUGAAGGAUCCGGUGACUAUUCCCUGUGGACACAGUUACUGUAUGGGCUGUAUUAAGGGCUACUGGGAUCAGGAUGAUAAUGCUGGUGUCUACUGCUGUCCCCAGUGCAGAGAGACCUUCACCCCAAGGCCUGUUUUAAGAAAAAACACCAUGUUUGCUGAAGUGGUGGAGAAACUGAAGUCAAGACUACAAGCUGCUCCUCCUGCUCACUGUUACACUGGACCUGGAGAUGUGGCGUGUGAUGUCUGCACUGGGAGAAAGCGCAAAUCCGCAAUGUCCUGUCUGGUGUGUCUGGCCUCUUACUGCGAAACUCACCUGCAGCCUCACUAUGAAUCUCCUCCUCUUAAGAAGCACAAACUGGUCAAAGCCACUGGAAACCUGCAGGAGAAGAUCUGCUCUCAUCAUGACAAACUGCUGGAGUUUUACUGUCGUACUGAUCAGCAGUGUAUUUGUUAUUUGUGUACAAUGGAUGAACACAGAGGCCAUAAAACAGUCUCAAUUGCAACAGAAAGGACUAAGAAAGAGAAGCAGCUAGGGGUGACAAAGAGGAAAUUCCAGCAGAGAAUCCAGAAGAGAGAGAAGAAGCUUCAGGAUCUGAGACAGGCUGUGCAGUCACUCAAGCGCUUUGCACAAGCAGCAGUGGAGGACAGCGAGAGGAUCUUUACUGAGCUGAUCGGCUCCAUUGAGAGAAGAUGCUCUGAGGUGAAAGAGCUGAUCAGAGAUCAGGAGAAGGCUGAGGUGAGUCGGGCUGAAGGACUCCUGGAGCGACUGGAGAAGGAGAUUGCUGAGCUGAGGAGGAGAGACGCUGAGCUGGAGCAGCUUUCACACACAGAGGAUCACAUCCAGUUCCUCCAGAGCUGUCAGUCUCUCUGUGCCCCUCCUGGACCUGGAGACAUACCCAGCAUCGCUGUCAGUCCACACGUCUCUUUUGAGGCUCUGACGAAAUCUGUCUCUGAACUGAAAGAGCGACUGGAGGAUGUCUGCAAGGAGGAACUGGUAAAAAUCUCUGAAUCAGUGAAAGAAGUCCAUGCUGUAGAGCCCAGGGCCAGAGAGGAUUUCUUACAGUAUUCUUCUCAGCUCACACUGGACCCCAACACAGCACACAUAGUCCUCCGUCUGUCUGAGGGGAACAGGGAGGUGACCAAUAUGGGAGAGAUCCAUUCAUAUCCUGAUCAUCCAGAGAGAUUUGAGUUCUGGGCCCAAGUGCUGUGCAGAGAGGGUCUGUCUGGAUGCUGUUACUGGGAGGCUGAGUGGAGUGGGAAUGAUGGGGUUUCUAUAGCAGUGUCAUAUAAAGAGAUCAGCAGGAAAGGGCAGAUUAAUGACUGUGGUCUGGGUAAUAACAAGUCCUGGGCUUUGCGCUGCUCUCCUUCCAGUUACUCUUUCUUACACAACAACAGGACCACUGAAAUCCCUGUUCCCUCCUCCUCCAGAAUUGGAGUGUACCUGGAUCACAGGGCAGGAACUCUGUCCUUCUACAGCGUCUCUGACACAAUGACCCUCCUGCACAGAGUCCAGACCACAUUCACCCAGCCCCUCUAUCCUGGGUUUAGGAUUCGUACUGUCGGAUCUUCUGUAAAACUGUGUGAUUUGGGAUGAGAGAGAGAGAAAAACGUUGUGGUGAGACAAGAAAGGAGAGGAGAGAUGAGUAUUGUUAUUCCCCUGGAGAAUAAGAACACAGUUCUGAACUUCGCUCAGUCAUUUGCAUUUUAUGGACCAGCACCAACACAGGGGACAUCCUCUGCUCUCAAAUCAAGAAAGCCCAACAGAGGAUCUUUGUCCUUCUGCGUCUGAGGAAUUCCAAUGUCUCAAUUGUACCUCCGAGAAUUUAAAUAAAGGUUCUGACUGACUGAC